AUGUGGCGCGCAGAGGGAAACUGGCUGCUGAAAACAAGAGGUAAGAGUGUUUCCGGAAGUGUAUUCUGCGGAACCAGCACCUACUAUGUUCUCAACACCGUGCCACUUUUGGAAGGUGACCCUGGAAACAGAAAUAGGAGUCAUGUAAAAGUCCUUUUACCGAAAAAGUUGCUUGAAUGUCUGCCGAAAUGUUCAAGUUUACCAGAGCACCGUUGGAACACUAAUGAGAUGAUGAUGCAACCGUCCUUUCGGGAUUUCUUUUUAAUAAUGUGUGACCUUUCACCUUUGAUCCCCUGACCUGCAUUACCUUGGUAACUAUUCCAUUUUUUAAUUUCAGUUUUUAAUUUAGGUGUGUAAGCUGUAACAUUUCAUCUCUCAAAGUGUAACAUGCCUAUUUUCUCAAAUAGAUCCCUUUGAGCGAUAAAAAAAAAUUAUUUGCCAGCCCAGCCUACAUGGUUCA